CGUUUUCCGCAUUUGUGGACUGAAGUUCGUUUUCUGUCUACUUCCUUGUUUUGCCUAUCCCGAGUACAGCGCGGAAAUUUAGACAACUCUCAACUAAAGUUGUUAAACUUUUUAGCUGCCUAACAUGUCAAAGCCUCCUCCCAAACCAGCAAAACCAGGCCAGGUGAAAGUGUUCAGGGCCCUAUUCACCUUUGACCCCAGAACACCAGAUGAAUUGUACUUCGAAGAGGGGGAUAUAUUAUACAUUUCUGACACGAGUGACAGUAAUUGGUGGAAGGGAACCUGCAGGGGAAGAACUGGUCUGAUACCCAGUAAUUAUGUGGCUGAGCAGGCCGAGUCCAUAGACAACCCCAUGCACGAAGCAGCCAAGCGCGGUAACCUGAGCUGGCUAAGAGAGUGUUUGGAGAAUAAGGUGGGAAUUAAUGGACUGGACAAGGCAGGAAACACUGCCCUCUACUGGGGCUGCCAUGGAGGACAUCGAGAUGUUGUGGAAAUCUUGCUGGGCCAGCCUAACAUUGAGCUGAAUCAACAGAAUAAGCUGGGGGACACAGUAUUGCACGCGGCUGCUUGGAAAGGCUACAGUGACAUAGUGGAGAUGCUGCUCAACAAAAAUGCCAGGACGGACCUUGUGAACAACGAGAAAAAACUUGCACUGGAUAUGGCCACAAAUGCUCAGUGUGCCUCUCUGCUGAAGAGAAAGCAGGGCAGCGCCGUCUCACGCACUCUAAGCAACGCAGAAGAGUAUUUGGAUGACGAGGACUCGGACUGAGGAAAUGGCCAACAGAUGGAGCCACUGUUCUGUCCAACAGCGCUAUCUGUCAGUGACGCAGGAUGAUGGAGUGGAGUUACUGCACCAUGGUUUGGUAGCCUUGUUGCUCCAGUCAUAUGGUGUGUUGGCUCUGGUUUUUAUCACCUUUCAAAAAAGUCUAUGUGAAAUGUAUGUGUAUAUCUGUGUUCAUCUCUGCGAUGCUUUGUAACAUCCGUACAACCUGGGGCUAAAGAGGGGCAAAUUAUGUUGUAGUUGUGAGAUGUUAUGAGAGUAAUGUUCUAUUGUUGUCUCGUCCAGGCCAGAGCUCUAAUAUGGAGCAUGUCAGAUUGCAGAGUUUCGUUCUCUCAGACAGUGCUGCUUUACUAAUUGUGCCUUUUCUCUGUAUGUAUGAAUGACAUGCAGAAAUGUUUUAUGUUUUUCUUUGGUAUGUGCACUGGAGACCAGCUGCUUAGCUUGGAGACUGUUUGCCACCUUAGCGCUCUCACCCCAGCUCCCAUGGAGGAAUAUUGAGUCCAGAAAAUAUUGUCAUUCCAACAUAUGUAUUGUCUUUUGUGUUCUGAGAAGUCUUUCCAAAGCUGUAACCAAUAAAAACUUUGAACUUG